GCUUAGUAGAAAACGUACCAGCGCCUUUGGAAAUUGCGAUUUGCAUAGCGCAUAGUUCAUUUUUUUUCUAGGGUCUUUAGUCGUCAUCGUGGGUAGAUCAUAGUUCACUUUUAUUCUAGGGCAUUUAGUCAUCGCGGGUGGAUCAUAUUGUCUACUGUUGCGCGUGUUGCGCGUUUCUGCGUUUUUUGCUGCCCUCUUGCUGUGCGUCUCAUAUUGCCCUCCCUCUUACUCCGUCUGUGUUGCGGUCGCUUCUCUGGCCGUACAUCUCGCUGGCUACCAUAGCUCAACCCAGCGGCACGCUGGACGGCACGGUGGUGACGACGGUCCGUCAGCCGUUGUUUGCCGACGAUCCACGCCGGAAGCCGCUGCACGAUUUCAUCAUGAAGAUCGCAGUCUUGGUGAUGGCGCUUGGUAGCGCCCUUUUGUUACUAUCCCUUGCACAAGAAGGGAAGAGCGAGGGUAUCCGUAUGAGCCGGGAAAUGGGUGAGAUGAAGGACGCGUCAUCGCCUUACGCCGGGGCAGCAUAUUCAAUCUCUCAGCAGGGACGGGGCGUGGAAGACGGUGUCGACGGUGUGGAUAACGGCGCCUCUCCCGACCCUACUCUCGUUGUACUCGAGGAGGUCAAGUACGCGGGAUCCGGAUGUGGACAUGGCGCUGUGAAAGGAGUCUUGUCGAAUGACGCCAAAUCUCUCACUCCCAUCCCUGAUGAUACCGACGUGAAGAUCGUUGCCAAGUCCGGACCCGGGGCUUCUCUCUCCGACUCGAGGAAGAACUGUCAUUACAGCGUAGUCAUGACGCACCCUGCGGGAUGGAGCUAUGCUCUCGCCUCUGCUGAGUUCGAUGGAUCGGUCGACCUCGAAGGUGGGGCGACCGGGAUUCAGGACGCGUACUAUUACUUCCAGGGUGUCGGGAAGAACUGUGCCGUUCUGCCGAUCUCAAUGGACGGUCCCAGGACGGAGAAGUUCCAGACGGGCAAUAAGACUUUCGAGGAGCCGCUUUGUUGGUCUCCGUGCGACAACGAGAGGUACCUUCAGAUCAAUGUGGCCGCCCGUGUGAGAGGUCGUGGUGUUAGGGGCGUGCUGUCCAUCGAGAAGCAGAAGUUUUUCUUGAAGUGGAGAAAGUGCUCCGAUGAUGAGACUGCUUAAGGGAGCAGCAGAUCGUGAAGCUUUCAUUUUGAUAUGCCUUGAUAGUGUGCGUUUCGACCUUGUCGUCGAUGAUUGAGCGACGAUGAGUGCAUCAAUCAAAGGCUUGAUCGGGUUUUUGAGGAGACGGAUAAAUCAAUCAUUCAUCCAUCGGCCAUGGUGAUGCGUGAGCGUAGCGGCGCUGAAAAACUGGGAAUAUUGCGCGCGCCAUUCGUCCACACUUCCUCGUAUGGGUUGUAAGACGAUUGGUUCAGGUCUCUCUGCCUGUUUGUGUUAAAUCAGGGGCGCGUAUAUCGUCGGGAUACGAAAGCGGCGGCUGGAGAAGGGAAAUGAACGACAUGAAAAAUGGAAUGAUUAGGGACUUGUAGAGAGGCGUUUUCUUAUUUCGUUUCUUCCUGAAGUUUCGGCAGUCCCGACGAGUUUCACACGGUUCGGCGUUUCGAAAUCGUUCGUGUACAUGACGUGCAUGCCAUUUAUCGCUUUACUUGCCGGGGCGUGCACGAAAGACGACCAAGCAGAGGUCUCGGAGAGGCGUACAACAGGGUAGAUGUGUUCAGUGGAAAAGCGCCGGAUGCGGUGAGCUUCAAAAUAGGCCUAGUGUUAUUCUGUUUGCCUUUUCUCGUCUUUUCUUUUUAUCUCCGCGGACUGUAGGAGUGGCAGGCACGCAUUUGUUUCCCCCUUGCGACUGCUGCUUUUUUACCUCAAGGUCCAGGUACCUCGGUAAGUGAAUCGGGAAGAUGGUGCUGGGUUUGAUCCGACGGUGUCGGUUUGACUGCCCGAGGAUCUUACCGAAGCAGGCUUUUCGGUGCCGAGCAAGAUGUGGCAGAAGUGAAUUGGAUGGCGAUGGAGAUCUCGAAUCAAUGAGGCGCGGUGGUCUGGAAGUGGUCGAGAAUGGCAAGCGUCAUUGGGUGAGGAAGUUGUGAGGCAAGGAGGGACUCGUUUGUGUGACGGGCGAUCGUAAGAUGUGUAUAUGAUGAGUGUAGGGGGUAGGAGUCGUCCGAACGCAUGCUUUAUGAAGUGGUGGUAUGUCUGAUCGAAUGGCGGUCGGUUUGACAUCGCGUUGGAGGGAAAUCACUGAUACUUGUACAAGAAUUACUAUUGGAAGAAGCUCAUCGUGGGCUAUGAACUCCGGCGAGGCUCUGAUUUGACUGAAUGGCUUUUGGAACGUCUUGUCUUCUGUUUAUCGUAUUCUGUCGUGUACCCUGUCCUCUCGAAUGAUUUUCCUCCUUCUGGAACUUACGAAGGCGCAUGCAAAUGCUCGUUUGUCGUUCUGUUAUCGCCUCUAGUCUGUGUUUCACCUUUCGUGCCUAAGGCCCACUCUCUCCUCCCACGAUUUUCGCUCCUAUUUUGUUGACCGUCGUGAUGUUCGCUGUCUUUUUCCGAAAUCGACGGGUUCCAUUGCCUUGUUUGCAUUGGCUCUUUCUCGUUUCCGGCUUUUCUGUGGCUUCUUCCCUGUUUUGUUAGCGUUUUCAUAGUAGCGUCUUUCAUGUAUAUCUCCCUCUCGGGUUUUCGCAGUGCGAUGCCCGCUUUGCUUUGAUUUGGUUCGAUGAUUUUGUCUUGAUGUUUGCUGCCGUCGCUGGCGGCAAUUGUAAAUUCCGAAGCGCAAUCGGUUCCCAGCGACUAGACGGAAUGUCAUAAUUGCCGAGGCCUAUCAAGAGUGCGAAUGGUUAUCCGCGGGUUUCUUGUUUUUGCAUUUCGCUCUCUCUCGUCUCUUCAAGCUGUUGCAUCCAUCGGUAGCAAUGGGUCGAUAUUUGCCCCGUGCAGUAGCAGAACGUAACGACGGAGAUGUAGCUACCGACGGAGCGAGCUUUCCCCGAGCACAUUGGUGAUGUUGUAUUUCCCUUCGACGUGACAAGUAUUACCCCAAUUAUACUUGCGAAGACUUGGGAAGAAACUCGGAAACGGGAAACUGACUAACGGUACUCGCCGACAUGAGAAUGGCAUUUCAAAGAUGGGAUAUGUGUUCUUAUUUCUGUCGUUACGAAAAUGCAGCGUUUCGAUUUCGCGGACUUUCCGGUCUUUUUCUUGUCAUGUGCGAGGAAACGAGUGGUCUCUCCCGCGAUCUUUCCUCUGUUUUUCGUCUUGUGCGAGUAAACGAGUGGUUUUGUGAUUAUCUCGUUUUAACAGAGUGAUAGCGUUCGAUGAACAAGAGAGUUUAAACCGUCUUGCCGGAUAUCAGUCAAUGGCGGACCUGCAUGCGUACAUUUUAGCGUGCGGCGUUGAGAUGCGUACAUUUUAGCGUGCGGCGUUGGGAUACCAGGUAAAUCUCUGGUCUUUCGCAGCAAUUUUUCUUCAGUAGCCUGGUUUCAGUACGGGUAGGAGCACCUGGUAUACUUGGCAUAGCGUCCCUGCCGGGUAAAUCCGUCUGUGUGUGCGAGUUUUUUUUUUUCCCGAAGUGCAUGAUCGUCGAUUCGACAGAAGAGAACAACGAAAAGAAAGAGCAGUGGAAGACUUGAGUCUGUAGCUGUAUCAUGAUGGAGUACAGAGGAUUGGACGAUCCUCUGACCGCUGAAGGGAAAACAUUUUUUUUUGCCCUUUCGUAACGGUAGAAUCCGAUCCCAACCCUUGGUCGGGGUGGGAGCACCUCUAGUAUUGGCGGGAAAAUGUAAUCUGUACUUUUUUGUUUCCAUCACGAGAAAACUUCCGUCGUAUACACGAAAAGAUGGGCGUUGCGGCUUCGUCGGAAGCACAGACCCACUUUUAGGGAGGGGUGCAUAUUUGAUUUAUGUCCCCAAGACCCACUCGGCCGCCGCUGGGCUCCGGCACCUCUUAGUUUUCAUGUUCUUACUCACGGGUAUCGUGUCCGCAUUCGUCAAUUCUGAGGUAGGAGUGAGGAAGUUUUAGGGGUUCCCGGCACUACAAUUGGUAAUAUGCCCGGAAAACCGAUUUGGUGAUUAAUCCAUGUGUUCAGGGGCUGGUGACUACUCGGUCUCAUUUCUGGGCGCCGUGGUGAGUCCUUAUCCAGCAGUCGAAUGCGUCCUGGGUAUACUGUCGGGUUUCAGUCUCUUGCGCCGUCAUGCUUUUCUUUGUGGAGUUGUCAAUAGCGAAUAUGACAGCA